CGACCUUGUGACAAUCACUGUUCAUAUCGAACACACCCGAUUUUAUUUUUCCCAUAAUUCUUUGCAACGUGCUUGGCCGACCCUAACAAUAGGCGCUAAGUUAUACCCGGCCGAGCUGUCCAGCAAUAAAGACGUGCUUAGUGUGUGAAGGGGGUAUCGUGUUAGAAGCCUGUGUGGCAUGUUUUAGUUUCACAAGUUCAGCAUUUGACGCGGACACGGAUAGCUGACCGUGUGUCAUAUUGUUGAUGUUGAGAAGAUGAUGAUGUUAUGGUGAUGUCGAUGACUACGACGAUGAUGAUGGUCAUGUCGAUGAUGAUGGUGUAGAUGAUGUCGUUCAUGGUGAAGUCGAUGACGAUGCGAUGUUCAUGUUGAUGACGACGAUGAUGUUAUGGUGAUGAUGACGACGACGAUGAUGAUGGUCAUGUCGAUGAAGAUGAUGUAGAUGAUGUCGUUCAUGGUGACGUCGGUGAUGAUUAUGGUGUUGUAGUUGAUGAUGUUGACGAUAGUGGUGAUGAUGAUGAUUGUGGUGACGAAACUACUCUAGUUGUGGUUGUCCGUAGUUGGUCCAGGACUACAGCCCCGGAGAUUUGGACACUCUUCUAAUUUAUUUUUGGUCAUUUGUAUAAACAUCAUAUUUUUUCUUGUUGAGUGAAAGUUGUGUGAGUGUUUGUGUGGUUUAGUGUUUAUAUUUCUAUCUUUUCUUUCUUUCUCUUAUUUUUUUUUGUUAUUAAAUUUUGUUAAAUUUAAGAUGUCUUGUUGUUGUUUGGAGUAGCCUCCGCUCAUCCCGUUACAAUUGGUGGCAGCGGUGGGAUGAGUUGACUCCUCCAGAUACUACAAGAUAUCUUUAUAAGUGAACAGUUGCCAAGGUUUAUUUUAUUUUUCAUUUUUUGAUCUUUUUUGUAGUACAUGUAAGAGCAAGUGUAGGUCGUUGUUUCCUUUUCCCUUGGUGAGUACAUUACGUUAGGCAGAUUGUUUUGUUAAAAGUUGAGAAGUUAGUCCCUUUAUGAGAUAAUUUUGAGGUAAGUUGGUCUGUCAGUCAAUGCACCAUGUCUACUGUCAAGGAGAUGCUGGAGCUACUUGAAGUGGGGACCAAGAUGGGGAUGAAGGAUGAAGACCUUCAACAAUUUGUGAAGGACGAACAGGCCAGAAUGCGGGACGAACGUGAGAAACAUAGAGUCGAGAGACAGGAGGAGAGAGACCGCGACUUCAAACUACAGAUGGAGAAAGAGCGCGCCGCAAGAGAACAUGAUGAGCGAGAGCACGCCCGAUUGAGAGAACAUGAUGAGCGAGAGCACGCCCGAUUGAUAGAAGAAAAGAGACAUCAGCAAAAACUAGAAGAACUGGAACUUGAUCACAAACUGCAACUCGAGAGAUCUCACAUGAAGCCGAGUGUUGUGACUAAAGAGGAGAAAGAAACUUCUCAAGUGAUAAAAGGACCAAAACUUCCUCCGUUUGAGGAUUCGAAAGACAACAUUGAUGCGUACAUUCAAAGAUUUGAGAUAUACGCAACAACGCAGAAAUGGAAUAAAGACACGUGGGGGACUCAUCUUAGCGCAUUACUCAAAGGAAAGGCACUGGAUGUGUUCGCAAGACUCUCACCCGAAACAGCACUUGAUUUCAACGAGUUGAAGAACGCCCUGUUGAAACGAUUUGACAUGACGGAGGACGGUUUCCGCAAGAAGUUCCGAUUUUCAAAACCAGACGGAAGUGAAACUUUUAUGCAAUUUUCUACCAGACUGGACAGUUACCUUGAGCGGUGGAUUCAGCUGUCUAAGACUAACAAGACAUUCGAUGAUCUGAAGGACUUGUUCUUACGUGAACAGUUUUUAUUGUGUUGCUCGAAAGAACUUGCCUUAUUCCUAAAGGAGAGGAUUCCUAUGUCGAUCCAAGACAUGGCGCGAUACGCGGACCAGUUUGCUGAGGCCAGAACAGUGACAUCUUCUUCACUUACGCAAAAACCGCUCUUUGACAGACGACAGCAGUCCGAUAGACAACCGCCGUACAAAGAUUCCGUGCAACAAAACCAAUCUGGAAAUGCAGUGAAGUGUUAUGAGUGCGGACGACAAGGACAUAAAGCCUUUAACUGCAACUUCCGCAAAAGUCCGAAUAACAGGCCGUUUAAUUCGAGCGAGAAACAAGAAACAACACCGAAACAUACUUACCCUAGUGAUUUUCAACGUGGGUCGUACAAUAAUGGGAACCAUGGAUAUCCAGGACGCGGUAGAGGUCGCCAAGGAGCCGCGAGUGUCGUCGAGAAACAUGGAAACUUACCGUGUGUUGGUGAUUCGGUUGCUUUCUGUGAAACGGAAAUGCCAGUUGUGAAAGGAUGUGUUGGCAAUAAACUAGUGACUGUGCUAAGAGACACAGGUUGUAGUGGUGCCGUUAUUCGUAGAGAACUGGUAAACGAUGAUCAACUAACAGGGACAUCUCAACGAUGCAAGUUAGCAGACGGUCGUAUUAUUGAUUCAGAUGUGGCUAGAAUUGAUGUCGAUACUCCUUACUUUACCGGAAGUGUUGAUGCUUGGUGCUUUGAUUCGCCUUCGUACGAUCUUAUUCUUGUUAAUAUUCGUGGAGUAAGGAAACCACAUGAACCAAAUCCAGCCUGGAUUCAUUCCGUUGAAAACAUAGCAGCUGUUUAAACGCG